AUGGGGAAAUCAUUAUUAGCUGAUACGCAGCCUCUUAUCUCUAAUACAGGUAGUGCUACAACAAUAGAAAUACAAGAGACUCGCCUGCAAAAGAGCUCUCCUAGACAAAAAACUAGCUUCACCGGUAUUUGGGAUGAAUUAGCUGUAGUGGGUUCUAGCCAUUAUAUGAUCAAUACCUUAUUUUUAUGUGUAGGUCUAAUCGGAGUUACACUAUGUGUAGGUGCAAUUCUUCUUUUGAAUGCCAACAAAGCAAGUGUAUCCGAUUUAGAGAGUAUUCUUACUUGGUCACAUUUAAGCCAAAUACCCCAAUUACUAGGCGGUGCUUUAGCGACUAUUUUAACGAUCACGGCAAUCAGUUGUUUGUGUGCUCCUGGCUAUAUUUAUAACCAGAUAGUGAAUACUAACCCGAAUUUUACCAACUAUCGCUUUGCCCAUAUACUCGUGUUUCUCUUUACUAUGAUAGUAGACACAAUUGUUCUUUUUGUGAUUAUAGGCGGGCUACUUAGACUGGCUAUUUAUUGGGCUUAUGCAACCGGUUUGGCGAUGGUUGUACCUAUAUUAGCUUUAGCUCUCCUAUGGAUAUCUUAUGCUAUUCUGUGCUACCAAGUUAUUACGCACAAUUAUGUGAAGAGGACAUCUAAUAAUGAUUUUGGCGUGAGUAUAGCUGUGCUAAGUGGGCUUGGGUUAGUAUUUAUAUCAAGUUUAGUAUGCAUACUAGUGGUGAACAAUGGUAUAAUGCUGACUGGCAUAUUUGCUUAA